AUGUUGCGGUCUGAGUUUUUAUUAAAAGUAAUUGUCAUUUUGAGCAUAACAUUAAAUUUGGCAUAUAUUCUGGUAGCUGGCUCUGCGUUAUGCCCUAAUGGCAAUAUUCCUGGUCAACGUGAGUACUUCAAAUUUUUUUGUUUUUUUUUAAUUACAGUACCCUACCCUAACUUAUUUUACCAUAUCAUACUCUAAGCUUCUUUACCUUACCCUAUCCUGUCCUACCCUACCAUACUUUAUUCUACCAUAUUCUACCCUAUCUACUCUACCUUGUCCUACACUAAUAAAUUACCUUCCCUUACCGUACCCUACCCGUACCUUACGCUAGUCUACCCUAACGGACUUUACCAUAUCAUACUCUUCUUUUAUCCUUGUGUACUUCUUUUAGAAUUUGACGUACCUAAACACCUACCUUUUCUUUUUAUUUAAUCUACCACAUGUAUUCUAACCUGCCCUAGUCUUAUAUAAUAAUUAACGAUGCCGUUUUUAGCCUGCCCAACCGGCUCUUGUAUUCUAAGCAGCCAAGAAUGCACUAAAAUUGGAUGGACGUCGUUUUGCUGUAAGCAAAAUUUUAAAAAAAAUUUAAAUUUUCGAAUUUUAAAAUAAUGCAUAUUUUAUUAAAAACAAAUUGCAAAAAACUACAGUAGAACUUCCGUAUAACAAAUUGCUAAAAGAUUUUAAAUUUGUUUGUUAUGAAGGGGUUUGUUAUAUUUGAUUGAACUAAAAAGAACCGUAUAUUAAUUUAUAUAAAGUGCCGACAUAAAGAACCCGCCAUGCUUUUCCUGUAAUUUCUUGUAAAAAAUGGCGGGUUCUUUAUGUCGGCACCUAAUAUUUUAUCAUUCAAUUAAUUCUGCGCUCGUUUUAAGCAAAUGUUUAAAGUUAUGGAGCGCAGAAUUAAGUGAACAACCUAAUACAAAAGUUUUAAAUUCACUAUGAAGUGUUGGCCAAAAGUUUUAAAUUAACUUGUUGUACAGAUAUUUUUUGACAUACACGAUUGAUAUACAGGAGUCUUACAAUACUUAAAAAAUUUUAAAAAAUAGCUUUUUAGGUUCAAAAGACGUAUCUACAACACCGGCUCCCACAUGUCCGGAUGGCAGUACUGUUGGUUCAUGUAGGUAAAAUACGAAACUGUAUCUUUCUAUGUAUAUGUCUUUUUGAUCAAUUACUCUGCCUGAAUUACCCUACCCUAUCUUACCCUACCCUACAAUACCCUAAUCGAACUUUCUCUAUUUUACCUUGUCUCGAACUAGAAGUUAAAGUGUUACGGUAAAAACCCCUUGUUUUAGCAUGUGCCCUAGGAGUAUGUAACCCUCUCAGCAACACACAAUGUACUACUGUAGCAGGAAGUAAAUAUUGUUGCCCGAUAAUAACAACCACUACACAAUCUACCCCUACUACUCCAGCUGCCACUUGUCCUGAUGGCAGUACACCUGGGUCUUGUAAGCUGACAUUACUUUUUGUAAUUUUUUUCUUUAAAUUUUCUUAUUUAUUGCGGCUAUAAUCAACGUAUUUUAACUUACUUUACAUUUUUUUCAGCAUGUGCCUUGGGAGUAUGUAAUCCUCUAGGCAGUACACCACAGUGUACUACAGUAGCUGGUAGUAAAGUUUGUUGUCCAGCUGAUACAACCACUCCACAAACUACUACUCCAGCUGCUACUUGUCCUGAUGGGAGUGCACCUGGAAGUUGUAAGUUUAUACAUCACCUGAUCCUUUUUUAGCCUCUCCCUCUUAUAUUCUUUUAUCCUGGUUCGCAUUACUGGUUCGUGGGCGAGGUGCUCCAUAGGACUUUUGGUUUGUCUAUCAUACACCUCACCUGGCCUGUGUUGAUAAGUCUAGUUUUCGUGCUCUUAGCUCCGUGCUCUCAGCACUACCCAUUGCACAAUGCGCCUGGGUUGAGUGGUGGAAGUCGAACCAAGGUCCUUCCGAAUAACAAGUGGCGCUGCAAACACUGCGCUAUCCGCGCUCUCCAAUAUGAUCGGCUUAUUUCUUUAUACCGUAUUCACAAAACACAAAUCUAACGAAACUAUUGCAGCAUGUGCCCUAGGAGUAUGUAAUCCACUUGGCAGUACCCCUCAAUGUACAACAGUGGCUGGUAGUAAAGUAUGUUGUCCAGCUAGUACGACUACUCCACAAACUACAACUCCAGCUACUACGUGUCCUGAUGGUACUCCGGUUGGGUCUUGUAAGCUUUUUAUGAUAACCUCCCUUAUAACAAAACUUUUUCAUAACAAACACGAUUCGUUAUACAGAGGUUCUACUGUAAUAUGAAAUGUUUUUAGCCUGUGCCCUAGGAGUAUGUAAUCCUCUUGGCAGUACGCCCCAAUGUACUACAGUGGCUGGUAGUAAAGUAUGUUGUCCAGCUAGUACGACCACUCCACAAACUACAACUCCAGCAGCUAGUUGUCCUGAUGGUACUCCGGUUGGGUCUUGUAAGCCUUUUAUGAUAACCUCUCUUAUAACAAAACUUCUUCAUAACAAACAAAUUGUAAAUUCUUUAGCGAUCUGUUAUACAGAGGUCUUACCGUAAUAUGAAAUCUCUUUAGCUUGUGCCCUAGGAGUAUGUAAUCCACUUGGCAGUACCCCUCAAUGUACAACAGUGGCUGGUAGUAAAGUAUGUUGUCCAGCAAGUACGACUACACCACAAACUACAACUCCAGCAGCUAGUUGUCCUGAUGGUACUCCGGUUGGGCCUUGUAAGUGGAAAAUGACGUUUUUGAUUAUUCCAAAAUAAAAAAAUAAAAACAUUUUUAGCUUGUGCCCUAGGAGUAUGUAAUCCACUAGGCAGUACACCUCAAUGCAGUACAGUAGCUGGUAGUAAGUAUUGUUGCCCAGCUGACACAACCACCCCACAGGCCACCACUCCAGCUGCUACUUGUCCUGAUGGCAGUGCACCUGGAUCUUGUAAGCUUUUUAAAUUAGCAGUAUAAAUCUAGUACUUAGCAUACAAAAUCCUCAAGUAUAAAGUUCAAAGACAUACAUACCCUACUCUAUCCCAAACUACCCUAUUCUACUUUAUUCUACCCUAACUCACCCUACUGUUCCUUAUACUACCCUACCUUACUCUGCUGCACCUUGCUGUGUCUUAACGUAACCUACUUUUCGCUGAUAUAAAAAUAUUUAAAAAAUGCUUUAGCUUGUGCCUUAGGAGUAUGUAACCCACUCGGCAGUACACCCCAAUGCACUACAGUAGCAGGUAGUAAAGUAUGUUGUCCUUAUGACACUACCACAUCAAACACCACACCUACACCUGGGACAACAAUAAGUCCACAGACUUGUCCUAAUGGUGGCACUGGCUAUAUUCGUAGGUUUUAAAAAUUUUUAAAUUAAAAAAAAUUUAAUUUAAUUUUUUUUAUUCAAAACUGACCACAAACCGUAUGUUACAAAAAUUUUCAGCCUGCCCAAUAGGAGUAUGUCCGCCAUUAACUGGUACAACCUGUACUAAAGUCAAUGGCUGGUCAGUAUGUUGCCCUAUCUCUACGCCGACCAGUACUACUACAGUAUCAACAACCACCAUUUCUCAAACUACAGUAUCUACACCGUCAGCUAAUACUUGUCCUGAUGGCAGCAAACCUGGGCCUUGUAAGAUGACAUUACUUUUUAAAAACUUUUGACUCAAACACUCACUUUGUAGUAUAUUACCUUGUGAAGACCUAUCAUAUUAUACUUAAAUCUAAUGUACAUUUUAUUUCAGCCUGUGCCCUAGGAGUAUGUAACCCACUCGGCAAUACCCCACAAUGUACUACAGUAGCAGGUAGUAAAGUAUGCUGUCCAGCUAGUACGACCACUCCACAAACUACUACUCCAGCUGCCACGUGUCCUGAUGGCAGUAAACCUGGAUCGUGUAAGCCCACAUUGCUUUUUAAAAAUUUUUGUUUAAAAACGCGUUUUUUACCGUAUGUCCGUCUGAAUAGACGUACCGUAUUUUACCUUACUGUACAUUUUGUUUUAGCAUGUGCCCUAGGAGUAUGUAACCCACUAGGCAGUACCCCUCAAUGUACUACAGUAGCUGGUAGUAAAGUAUGCUGUCCGGCUUCUACGUCAACUAGCACUACCACAGUAUUAACCACCACUAUUUCUCAAACUACAGUAUCUACAACUUCAGCUAAUACUUGUCCUGAUGGCAGUCCAUCUGGGUCUUGUAAGCUGAUGUUACAUUUUAUUCUACUGUGCUAUAUCCUACUCUAUAUUACUUUAACCUACUGUACCCUACCCUACCCUCCCUACCCUACCCUACCCUACCCUACCCUACCCUACCCUACCCUACCCUACCCUACCCUACCCUACCCUACCCUACCCUACUCUACCCUACUCUACCCUACCCUACCCUACCCUAUCUUACUCUACCGUACUUUAACCUAUACUACACCAUCUCUUUUUUAUCAUAUGCUAGCUAAUUCUACCCUACCCUGCCUUUCUUUGCUUUAUUCUGUUUAGACUUAGACCGAUUAAAGUACAACUAGUUACAGUACAAAUCAUUCGUUUUAGCAUGUGCCUUAGGAAUAUGUAAUCCCCUUAGCAAUACGCAAUGCACUACAGUUUCCGGAAGUAAAGUAUGUUGUCCGAUCGUAACAUCGACUACACAAUCGACGCCCACUACUCCAGCUGCUACUUGUCCUGAUGGCAGUCCACCUGGGUCUUGUAAGCUUACAUUACUUUGUUUACCUACUCACGUUACCGUAUGUUAACUAUAUAUCUAGAGCCAACAUAUUUUACCCUACACACAUUUCAUUUUAGCCUGUUCCCUCGGGGUAUGCAACCCACUAGGCAGUACUCCACAAUGUACUACAGUAGCUGGUAGUAAAGUAUGUUGUCCGACGUCAACAAGCACUACUAGUACUUCAUCAACUAGUACAACAUCUGAAGGUUCAACUACUCCUUUUAGUACUAUCUCCGAUUUUUACGAAUCUACAAUGAGUGCUGCUUCUACUCUAACAUCUGAUAGUACUCCUAGUUCAGUGACUACUGCUAGUACUAGUACUACACCGACUACGGGAAGUACUAUGACCACAAGUAGUACUCCAACUUCUAUCAGUACGGCUAGUACUGGUAGCACGCCUAGUACUAUUAGUACCCCUACUUCUAUAAGUACCCCAAGUAUUAUCAGUACCACAAGUACGAUGACAACGCCUAGUACUAUUAGUACCCGCACUUCUAUAAGUACUACUAGUAGUGGUAGUACACCUAGUACGAUAACAACGCCUAGUACUAUUAGUACCCCUACUUCUAUUAGUACUCCUAGUAUUGGUAGUACACCUACUACAGUAAGCACGCCUACUUCAAUGAGUACCCCUACUACUGGUAGUACACCAACAACACUAACAACGCCUAGUACUAUAAGUACUGCAUCUACUGAUAGUACUCUUAGUACUAUGUCCACACCAAGUACUCCUAGUACACCGAGUACACCCAGCACGCCUAGUACUCCUAGUACGCCUACUACACCAAUUGCGUCUAGUACACCUACUACGUCUAGUACUCCUAGCACCCCUACUACGCCAAGCACGCCUAGUACACCUACUACGCCUAGUACUCCUAGUACACCUACUACACCUACUACCCCUUCCACUCCUACUACCCCUACCACACCAAGUACACCUACUACUCCCACUACGCCUAGUACACCUACUACUCCUACUACGCCUACUACCCCUACCACGCCCACAACACCUACAACACCUACUACGCCCACUACCCCUACCACGCCCACAACACCUACAACACCUACUAGCCCUACCACUCCUACUACCAAAACAACCCCCACAACACCAACGACCCAAAGCGGUUGUACAGACAAACUAGCCGAAUGCAAAACCAAAUCAGCUCUAUGUCAAAAGCCCGAAUACUACCGUUUAAUGCAACAAAACUGUGCCAAAACCUGCGGUUGUCCCACUGGACCACCACCAACAGAAGCUCCUAAACCAAGAUGUGGAUCAGUGCCGGAUAAAUCUCAGGAUUGCAAACAGAAAAGUCAGCUAUGCACUAGACAGGUUGGUACUAGUUUUUUUUUUAAAUUUAGGUUAAAUUUAGAGCUUUUAAAGUAGAUCUACAAUUUUAAUUAAUUUCUUUAAAUUAAUUUUUUUUUAAUUUUACGAAUUUUUUAUUAAGGAAUUUUUUUAAAUUUUAUAGUUUUUUAAACAUUUUUUUUAUUUUUUGCAUUGAAAUAAAAAAUGUUUGAAAAUUUUAAAUUUUUUUUUUAAAUCCUAAAUUUUUUUUUAAAUUUAACGAUUUUUUAAAUAUUAUAAUAUUUAUUUUGAAAAUAAAAUUUUUUUUUAACUUUUACAAAUUUUUUUUAAAUUUUAAUUUUUUUUAAAUUUUUUUUUAAUUUUAAAAUAAUUUUUUAAAUUUAACAAAUUUUUUGAAAUUUAAAUUUUUUUUUAAUUUUAAAACAAUUUUCCAAAAUGUUAAUUUUUUUUUGAAAAUUUAUAUAUUUUUUUAAUUUUUAAAAAUUUUUAGGAAUACAUCCGCCUAAUGCAAAACAUUUGUCCAGACACCUGUAGCUGCCAAUCAAAUCAGCAACAGUCUAGUUGUACUGACAAAAUUACCGAAUGUUCAGUAAAGUUCUUGCAAUGUUAUGUUCAAGUAAGUUUUUUUUCUUUUCCACUUAUUUUAAUUUAUUGUAUUAGUUAGGUUAAAGAUUGUCAUCAAUUGAAGGGCCCGCGAACUCGUUUACGAAAAACAUGUAUAUUUUCUUGUAAAGUCGUUUAGGGGGGGUGAGACAGGUGGGUACCCCCCCCUCCCAGAAAAACCUUUCGACAAAAGUAAACAUGGCCCCCCCUGUAGAUUUUUGGAUGAAAAUUUUUGCAAAAAAUUGGCACAGGUAGACCGAUUUUUUCAACCCGCGCCUAGACCAAAAGUCCCCGCCCGGCCCUGUUUACGACUACUGUAAAUUGCUUUCGCCCUAGCUCUGCCCAAACACAGCCCUAUCCUCAGUCUGAGCCUCAGUCCUAGCCGCAGCCAAUGAAUCUAAAGAUAUGUCAGAGAACUGACAUAGCUUUAGAUUCAGUCCUAACUUCGGCCUUAACCUUAGCCCAAGUUGAGCCCAAACCUAAGCACUAUGCCCCAGCUCAGAGCCCUACGCUUGCCUCGGUCAUACAUUAUGCUUUCCUGUCGUACUAUCUCUUACCGUGCUGUCCCUACCCGUUUCUAGCUCUACCCUACUUUAUUCUUAUUGUACUGUCCUCUACCGUAUUAAACCUAUCCUACCCUACACCUUAGCUCUAACCGGCUCUAACCUUGUCUUACCGUUCCUACAGUACUCCCUUUCUCUGUCCAAGCUCUAACACACUCUAAUAUUAGGUGCCAACAUAAGGAACAUGCCACACUUUUCCUCUGAUUUCAUGUAAAAAAAGGCGGGUUCUUUAUGUCGGCACCUAAUAUGGUCUUCUCUACUCGACUCAUUCCUUAACGAGUCAUAAAUCCUUUCUAUACAAUUUGUAAGUUUACAAUUCGCACGUAUAUAACAAUACUAAGAUUUUACAUCACUUUCAGUCCUACUUCACGCUUAUGAAGAAGAAUUGUGAAGCUACGUGCAACUUCUGUGGAAUCAAUGAAUUUCCAUCUAAUCGAGCGACACCACCUGGAGCGGGGUAA